GGCCCGUCCGCAGCGCUACCGUGUUCGGUUCACAGGCUAGUCCCGGAGGUCGUCGGCCAAACCCCGCCGGAGUGCCGCCGGCCGGGUUGAUAAGAGAGAAGAGAUAAGACAAUACGAAGAGGGCGGACAGCCAUUGCUUUUUUCCUUUGGCUGCUAAUAAAGAAAAGCAGCGUCUCGGCUGUGUAUCAGCAGGAACAACAGACAGCCCGGCGGAGGGAACACCGCACCGAGACCCGCCUGGACCCGCUAAAGUGACGGUGUGGAUUUUCUGGGAACAUGUCUUAUGUGACAGUGCUCUUGUUGCUGCCAGCUCUGUGUAGCAUCAUCAGCACCUCCAGCGCUGCAUCCUCAGUAUCCCUCCUUAAAGGAACCACCAGUGGCUGUCCUGCCCUCAAAGGGAAGUGUGAGGACAGCUUAGCCACUCCCCUUCCCUACAGCUCCUUCACCAGUUCAUCAGUGUAUGGCCGAGCUUAUGGAGCUGGUUAUGCCAAACUCAACCGCAAACAAGGUGCUGGAGGCUGGUCGCCCUUGGAUACAGAUCGUUACCAGUGGUUACAGGUGGACCUGGGUUCUAGGAAGCAGGUGGUUGCCAUAGUGACCCAGGGCCGCUACAGUAGCUCUGAUUGGACCAGCAAGUAUCGGCUGCUUUACAGUGACACGCAGAAAAACUGGAGGCCGUAUCUACAGGAUGGAAAUAUUUGGACGUUUGAGGGGAACGUGAACAGUGAAGGAGCUGUUCGCCAUGACCUGCAGCAUGCCAUCCUGGCUCGCUACAUCCGCUUCAUCCCAGUGGAGUGGAGCAGGGAGGGACGCAUCGGAGUGCGACUGGAGCUCUACGGCUGCUCCUACUGGGCAGAUGUGAUCAGUUUCGAUGGCCAUGGCGUCAUCUCCUAUCGCUUCAGGAGUAAGAAGAUAAAGAUUGUGAAGGACGUCAUAUCUCUGAAGUUCAGGACCACAGCUGGAGAUGGGGUCCUGCUCCACGGGGAGGGACAGCAGGGAGACUACAUCUCCCUGGAGCUCCGCAGGGCCCGACUGCAGCUAAGCAUCAACUUAGGCAGUAACCAGUACGGCUCCAUUCAGGGUCACACCUCAGUGAACAGUGGGAGCUUACUGGAUGACGACCACUGGCACUCAGUUGUCAUAGAGCGAUACCGGAGGAACGUCAACUUCACUCUGGACCAUCACACUCAGCAGUUCAGGACCAAUGGAGAGUUUGACCACCUGGACCUGGACUAUGAGAUCAGUUUCGGAGGGCUGCCUGUAUCUGCAAAGCCGAGCUUUGGAGGCAGAGACAACUUUGUGGGCUGCAUGGAGGGAAUCACUUACAAUGGAGACAACAUCACCAACCUGGUCCGCAGGAAGAAAGUGGACACGUCCAGCUUUCGUAAUCUGACAUUUUCGUGUGCCGAGUCCAACUCCUUCUCCGUUUUCUUCAACUCCACGUCCUUCCUGCGCCUGCCAGGUCAGAGUGACAGCGACACUCUGUCAGUCAGUCUGUCCUUCAGGACGUGGAACCCCAACGGCCUGCUGAUGUUCACAGUGUUGGCUGACGGCUGGGUGGAGGUGGGACUGACGGAGGGCAAGGUCACCGUCUAUAUUAAUGUGACACAGAGCAAGAACACCCGCAUCGAUAUCUCAUCAGGUUCAGGUCUGAAUGAUGGCCUGUGGCACAGCGUCCAUCUGAAUGCUCUGGAGAAUUAUGCUAUGCUGACAGUGGACGGAGACGAGGCGUCCACAGUCAGAACAGCCAUUCCUGUCCAGAUCCAGACUGGGGGAACCUACUACUUUGGAGGCAACUUCCUGCACCCCAACACCCGAACACUUCAGCGCUCCUUCCAGGGCUGCAUGCAGAUGAUCCACAUAGACGACCAUCCAGCUGACCUCAGAGCUGUGGAGCAGGGCCUUAUUGGAACCUUUGAAAAUGUCAGCCUGGAUAUGUGUGCCAUUAUAGACAGGUGUGUCCCUAAUCACUGUGAGCACGGCGGGCGCUGCUCUCAGACGUGGGACACAUUCAGCUGCAACUGUAGUGGAACUGGAUACACUGGAGCUACCUGCCAUACCUCGAUGUAUCAGCAGUCCUGUGAGGAGUAUAAACACCAGGGGAAGAGCUCAGGGAACUACUGGAUUGACCCAGACGGCAGUGGACCUAUCACCCCCUUCAGAGUCAGCUGUGACAUGACAGAGGAAAAAGUUUGGACCACGCUGAAGAACAACCUGUCUCCUCAGACAUCGGUCACCAGUGCAGACCAGGAGGGGAAGGCAGUGCUGCAGAUCAUUUACAAUGUGACUGAUGAACAGAUGUUGUCGGUCACCGGCAGUGCAGAGUACUGUGACCAGUUUGUUGCCUACGCCUGCAAGAUGUCUCGUCUGCUCAACACUCCAGAUGGCGUCCCGUUCACCUGGUGGGUAGGAAGAGCCAAUGAGAGGCAUUCUUACUGGGGCGGCUCAGGGCCAGGGAUACAGAAGUGUUCCUGCGGUAUCGAACACAACUGUACGGACCCCAAACACUACUGCAACUGUGACGCUGACCAGCGCUCCUGGAGGGAGGAUUCAGGCCUGCUGGUGUAUAAAGACCAUUUGCCAGUCAGUCAGGUUGUGGUAGGUGAUAGAAGCAGAGCUGGAUCUGAGGCCAAAGUGACGAUAGGACCACUCCGAUGCCAAGGGGACCGGAGCUUCUGGAACGCAGCAUCCUUCAACAGCCCUGCCUCCUACCUCCACUUCCCUUCCUUCAGAGGAGAAACCAGCACUGACAUUUCCUUCUACUUCAAGACCUCGUCCACUCAUGGCGUCUUUCUGGAGAACCUGGGAACUGCUGACUUCCUUCACAUUGAACUGAGAGGAGGCUCGGUGGUCCUCUUCUCUUUUGAUGUGGGCAGUGAGCGGGUGGAGCUCAGCGUCCGCUCACCCGUGCCCCUCAACGACGACCAGUGGCAUCGUGUGGAGGCUGAGAAGAACAUCAGGGAAGCUGUGCUGCAGCUUAACGGACAGUACAGAGAGGUCAGACCCAUGCCUCCACAGGGACACACCAAACUAGAGUUCUACAGUGAGCUAUAUGUUGGGGCCUCCAGUGGUCAGAGGGGCUUCCUGGGCUGCAUGCGGGCUCUGAGGAUAAAUGGUGUGACCUUUGACCUGGAGGAGAGGGCACAGGUAACUCCAGGGGUUAAUCCAGGCUGCCAGGGCCACUGCAGCAGCUACGGGAUGCACUGCAGGAACGGAGGGAAGUGUGUGGAGAAGUACAACGGAUACUCGUGUGACUGCUCCCUCACUGCGUACGAUGGACCCUUCUGCACAGACGAUGUUGGUGGCUACUUUGAGACAGGAACCCUGGUACGUUAUGACUUCCUGUCAGAGGCGGGAUCUUUUGCGCCACAGGAGGUGAAGACCAUGCCAAGUGUUGGUGUUCCUAGUGAGGCUAACCUGACUCACGAGGAGCUGGUGUUCAGCUUCAGCACCUCCAGUGCUCCCAGCAUCCUGGUCUACAUCAGCUCCAGAACUCAGGACUACCUCGCCGUGGUGCUCAGACACAAUGGCACUCUUCAGAUCCGCUACAGUCUUGGGGGACUAACAGAACCUUUCACCAUUGAUGUUGACCAUCGUAACAUGGCCAACGGGCAGCCACAUUCUGUCAACAUAACGAGGAACCUGAGGGAGAUACGACUUCAGCUGGACCACUACCCAGUGUCCACAUACACCCUACCUGAGGCCUCCGACACUCAGUUCAACCUGGUCAAAAGUAUCUUCCUUGGAAAGGUCUUUGAAACAGGACAGAUUGACCCCAUCCUGAUUGAACGCUACAACACGCCGGGCUUUGUGGGCUGUCUUUCAAGAGUUCAGUGGAACAGCGUAGCGCCGUUAAAAGCUGCGCUGCGCUCGGGCCUGGCAGCACCCGUCAGCACCCAUGGCAUUCUGGUCCCAUCCAACUGUGGAGCCUCACCCCUGACCAUCUCUCCCAUGGCCUCAGCCAGUGACCCCUGGCACAUGGAAGCAGCCGGAGCUGUUUUCCCCUUUAAUGAGGACACGGCCAGCGGUGAUGGAGUGGAUCGCAACUCUGCUGUCAUUGGAGGCAUCAUCUCCAUGGUGAUCUUCGCCGUCCUCUGCAUCAUGGUGUUUGUGAUCCGUCACAUGUUCCGUCACAAAGGCUCCUACCACACCAACGAGGCCAAGGGAGCCGAGUCAGCAGACUGCGCCGACGCGGCCAUCAUCGUCAACGACCCGGCCUUCACCGAAACCAUCGACGAGAGCAAGAAGGAGUGGUUCAUCUGAUCCCCCGCAGCAACACGGACAUAUGACAUUAGGAUGUAUGUAGUUUUCUAAGCAUAGGGAGUAGUAGUGAGGUCACCACCCGUGGAGCCUCUGAGAUGUGCCGAGUGGUUUAUUUGAAAACUUUAUGGACAACGGACACCAUGGCGUUCCAGUGUGGGAUUAAAGCACAGGGCGCAGUGCUGCGUGGCAGAGCCCGUGUGGAGGUGUGGAGCGGUUUAUUUUAACUUUAUUUACAACGGACAGUGUGACAGGAUGACAGCCUUCAGAUGGUGGCGAGGACGGUGCCAUGACGUU